AUGGAAUUUGUCCUGAUUGUUGGCUGUUGUGCUUGGCUGCUGGCUGCAGAUAGGCUUUUUAGCAGGUAUGGUUAUGUCACCCCAGAUGAUGUGCCUGAAUUGCUUGAUCAUUGGAUUUUCAGUUGGCCUCAUGUUGGUUUUCUAUUUACUGUUCAUGAGACUGUUCACGUGAACAACCUGGUUGCUACUUCUGCUAAUGCUGGUGGCUUCUUCUCAGAUGUUGGAUUCAUUCGGUUCUGUUCAGCUGGUUUUGUUUGUUCGGUUGCUGCUCAGCUGUUUUUUUUUUGCUCUCAGCUGGACUUUCAUCUGUUUUUCUUUGUGCCUUGCUGCUGGCCAUCCUGCUGUUUUUUGGUUUGCUUUGAUGGUGGCAUCUUUGGUUUUGCUCAGCUGGAUUCCCAGCUGGCUGUUAAUGGGUUUCAGCUGGGCUUUCAACUGGUUUUCAGCUGGUUUCUGUGCCUUCAGUUGAUCCACCCCUUUGGAUUUUGGUUCCAACUUGGUGCCUUUUUUUGUUGGGUAUUUUUGCUGGUCCUCUUGCGCUUUUUAGCUGAUCCUCUUGUGCCUUUCAGCUAG